AUGAUCAAAGAUCGUCUAAAGGAAUUGAAAAACAUAAAACCUUCGGAGGAUUCGACAGAAGUAGAUGGUGUGGGAGAUGAUUAUGUCUGUGUCGAUUUGCCAAUUGAGAGAGGGCCAUCGUUCAUUGAACCAUUAGUAAAAAGGUAUUCUGAAAUAUUGACAGAUUUUGAAGAAAUGAGAAACAAUGUGAGCACAAUGAAAUCUAUGCUGGAGGCGAAAAAUGCCCACCUCUUCAAUGAGGAUGAUUUCAACAAUGUUCGUCAGAAAAAUUUACAAAUUAGUAACCGCCUUGUUGGCCGUUUUAAAAAACUUGAAUCGAAGUUACCCAAAGAAAAGGAUUUCCGUACCAAGGCCCGAAUGCAAAGGGCCCUCUAUUAUGGAUAUUUUCACGACUAUUCUGAAUUGUGGUCGCGGCAUGAAGCAAUACUUCAAAAUUACGAACAAAGGCUAAAGAAAAAUUUACAAAUGCAAUCGAAAAUUUUGAAUUGCAAUUUAACCGAUGAAGAUAUUGAAACAUUGAUCGAGAAUAAUCAAAGAAAUUUAUUAAUGGAUAAUAUAUUAACCGAUACAGAGACAACAAAGAAGCAACUUCAAGAAUUAAAAGAUCGUUUUGAUGAACUAUUAAAAUUGGAAAAAUCGAUUAGUGAAGUGCACGGAUUAUUUUUACGGCUACAGAACUUGGUUGUGGGCCAGGGCGAAGUAAUGCAACGCAUUGAAAAACACUUUGAUGAUGCCUGCGAUUAUAUCCGAGAGGGUAAUGAAGAAAUAAAAAUUGUCGUAGCUUUACGUGACAAAACAGUGAUGAGAAAGGCCAAAUUAAUAGUGAUUGUAUCUAUUUUGUCAUUGCUUAUCCUGCUGUUCAUCAUUAACAGUUUCCAUUGUUUUAUGUUCUGCAAGAGGAAGAAAUAG